CUACCUACUUAAUUUUUAUUUGUAUAUAAGGCUGUUGCAUUUUGACAAUGACAUUGACGAUUAUUGUAUAAUCAAAACACGAGUCAGGCAAUCAUCAUGAUCACAAUCGGUUUAGACUAAAGUAUCUAAUUUGUAAUGCUGGUGUAUAAUAAUUGUUUCGAAAAUGUUAGGCCAAAAUAAAGCAAGGAUUUUUUCUGGAGUUCUACGUUCAAUUAGCACGACGCCUAGUAUUGCAGCCAGUCAUUAUGAUGUAUUGGGAGUUACACCGAGUUCUACUCAAAGCGAUAUUAAGUCUGCAUAUUAUAAAUUAUCGAAACUUUACCAUCCAGAUACGUCCAAGGAUGAAGAAUCGGCUAAAAAAUUUAGAGCAAUCACUGAAGCAUAUAAAGUAUUAGGAAAUAUAAAACUUAAAAAAAUGUAUGAUAAAGGUCUUCUUGUUGGUACAGAGAAUACUUCUAGAAUGGACUUCAAACCAGAGCCUGAACCUACAGAUCCAACACUAAAGUUCUAUAAGUCUCGUCAAGUACGUAAUGUUAUACCAAAUACGGAUGGAAGAACACCAAUUUAUGACUUCGACACUUGGUCUAGAAAUCACUAUGGAGAUUUAUUAAAAAAAAAACAGUACGAACAAAAUUUCAUUAAAACUCAACAACAAAAACAAGUGAAUAUUGAAAAUGAUAUAAGUCAGGAAAAGAUAAUGUAUGUGAUGGUUUCAAUUCUAGUACUUUUUAUUGGUUUAAUAACAUAUGGUCGAAGUGAUUACGACACAGAUAAUACUGAAAAACAAAAGAAAGCAGAACAAGAAUCAAGCAGCAAUGUAUAGUUGGAUAAAGCUUGUAAUAGUUAGUUAGAUUACAAAAGAAAUAUAUUUUAUUGUUUCACAUAAUGCGUUGUUAUCAUUAAUUAUUAGUAUAUAAACAUGUGAAACACAUAUUAAAAUGUAUAUAUUGUACAUACCUCAUUACUGGAUAAUUGUAGAUAAAUUAUUUUUUGUUUUAAUAAAUUAUUAGAAUAUAAAA